AUGGGUAAAACUCAGUCUAAGCUUACGCAAGAGCAGCUUGCAGAGCUUCAAAAGGCGACAUUAUUCGAGCGAAAGGAGCUUCAACAGUGGUACAAGGGAUUUCUCAAAGACUGUCCGUCCGGCUCCCUGAACAAAUCGGAGUUCCAGAAGAUUUACAAGCAGUUUUUCCCAUUUGGAGAUCCUACGACAUUUGCAGACUAUGUUUUCAAUGUCUUUGAUGCCGAUCGUUCCGGCACGAUAGAUUUUAAAGAAUUUAUUGUCGCUUUGAGUGUUACUUCACGCGGUUCACUGGAAGAUAAGCUCAAUUGGGCAUUCCAGCUUUAUGACAUCGAUGGCGACGGCGAGAUCAGUUACGAAGAAAUGCUACAAAUUGUUGAGGCCAUUUACAAAAUGGUUGGCUCCAUGGUGAAACUUCCGGAGGAUGAGGAUACACCUCAAAAGAGAGUCGCCAAGAUAUUCAAGAUGAUGGACAAAGACGAGAACGGGAGCCUGACCUUAGAUGAAUUCCGUGAGGGAAGCCAAAAGGACGCCACAAUUGUCUCAGCACUAUCUCUCUACGAUGGAUUGGUUUAA